GUGCGGCUCGCCGGCGUGGGGCGCGUGGCGCGGCGGCGUGCGCUGCGUGCGCUGCGCGGAGUGCGGCGCCAGCGUGCACGAGCGCUGCGCCGACACCGCGCCGCCCUGCACGCGCCGCGCGCCGCACGACCACGACCACGACACCAUGCGCAACAACGACGGUGUGGGCACACUGCAAGCGUCGUCGCAACAGUACUACGAACAGUUCUCGUCGAACGUGGCAGAGAAUAGAACGCACGAAGGGCAUCUGUACAAACGGGGUGCGCUACUCAAAGGGUGGAAACAAAGAUGGUUCGUGUUGGACUCAAUAAAGCAUCAGUUACGAUACUACGACGCGAUGGAAGAUUCACAUUGUAAAGGAUUUAUAGAUCUGGCGGAGGUAAUAACGGUGACGCAGGCCGCGCCCGCCCCGGGGCCGCCCAAAAAGUGUGACGACAGAUCAUUUUUCGACUUGCGCACAAGUCGUCGUACGUACAAUUUCUGUGCAAGCGACGCAAACGCAGCCCAAGAGUGGAUCGAGAAACUGCAAGCGUGUCUGCAGUGAACCAUUGGGCUUAUAAUGCUCGGUUAUACAGAACCGCAGACAAAGUGCCGUUAUCGAUAUUGGUGUUUAAAAUUAUACAUAUAUUUAUCACAAUACAUAGAUCAGAGAUAAUACUGCAUUUAUAUUUUAUCGAUACGAACAAUAUCUUGCUUUGAGAAUUUAGAAUGUCGAUAGUAUAGACUACAGAGUUAAACUACAGGUAUUUAGAGCUUACUGACUUCGACUAGAAGUAGGUUUUUAGCUUCAGCCGAACCAUAGAAAUAUUUUUCCAUUCUAGGCUUACAUACAGUAGACAAUAGUACAAUAUUGAAUGCAACCAUUUAACAAUCGAUUAUAAUUUUAAUAACCAAUAUCGACAACGAAUAUCGAUAAAAGGGACCUCAAAAACAUAAGUGACAAUGAACGCGUGUGUCAGUGGAUAUUUCGACUUAGAUUUAACUGCAGAGAUAUUGUUGAUUGUAAAUAGUUAUUGUUAUGUAAAGUGUUUCGUUCCACUAUGCUCCUACUGUUUAUUUGUUUAGUUUAUAUACUUUUUAUCUUUGUGUCUCGUGACGUGAGAGGUCGUGUUAGGAUUUUUGUGUGGUAUGAUAAUUGGCCAAUACCAAUUUUAAAUGAAAUAUUUAAGUUAAGUUCGAUGACAGUUCCCUUUUUUAUUAUGCGACUUGCCGAUAUAUUGAAUAUAAAUAAAAGAAAUGCUAAUUUAGUUACCAAUAAUAACUCUCUUAUUCCGUCGGGGGUUAAAAGACAAAUUAUAAAUCCAAAAUUACACAAAAAUCCAAACUUGACUGGAUGUACUCGUAGCUUAUGGAGUUAUAAGGACCCGCGAUGAGUAAAGGCUUGUUAUAUUAAUGGGCUUUAGAAUACGAUAUGAAUAAAACGGUCGACUUUGCCAAAAGGACAAUAUCUAUUAUUUAGACAAACUCAUAUCAAUGAAAAUUAUAAGUCGACAAUCUAUUAGUAAGAUGUAUUUGAUGAUUCCUUAGGCCGUGUGCUCGUAUGGCAAUUGAAAAUCUAUUAUAUUGCAAAUAAAUAAAUUUACUGCUCUGAACUAAACAGGAAACUGAAUCUAUCUUUCUUUGUAUUAUAUACUACACCUUAGAACUGAUUUUGAAAAGAGCAACACUAAAGUUUCUUGCUAGUUCUUCUCUGGUGGAAACUGCUUUCGCAAUUGGUGGUGGAAUAAAAAUUCUACUGAAUCUGAAGAACAUUUUCAAAUUUAGAUAAAUUUUUCAUUUCAUAAUUUUCGCCUCUUUUUUAUCGAUAAGUCUUAGUCGAUGUUUUGGCAAAUGUCGACAUGUUGUCGCUAGAUAAAUCCCUCGUUACGUCCUGUGUAGAGCGGUUUAGUGAUAAUGUACAUGUGGAUAUUCGUUUAAGUUGGGAAUCUCAUGCGCAUGAGCGUCCCGUGGGGUCGCGUCGAGUGUUAGUAUCGUUGUCAAUUCUCGUCUGUUACCUAGUAACAUGUACUGUUACCUUUUCGUUAUUCUAUAUCGAAUGUCCGUAGUUGUGUUUAUAAAUGUAGGAGUAAAGUUAUAUUCCCAUUAUCCAGUUUUAUUUACUUAAGCAUUAGCAUAUGUGUAUGAUUUUUUCUCUUUCAAUAGUUUAACCUAGCUUCUAAACUUUCCAUUUGAUCAUAAAUUUAAUUAUAUACAGCAUUCUCUAUUAUAGAAAGCGGGUACAUACCGAUUUUUUUACUUCACGGAUAAAGCGAGCGAGUUAGUAACUAUAGUUUUGUUUAAAUGUUCAUAAACAAUUCUUCCAUUAGCCACAGACGCGAUAUUCCUCAUCGAUUAGACACUCGACACACCUCACAAUAAAACAUUGUUAUAUACUCAGAUAUUAUUUUGUACGUUAUAUUAUUCCUCUUUUGUAAAUAAGUACAUACGUUUUGCGUUGGACAUAUCACGCGCCAUCGCCGUGAUGCGCCCGUUUUUAUUAUAGUUAUGUUAUUUAUAGCUUGCUGAGACGCUCAGGCUUGAUUGCAUAAACUUGGCAAUAUUAUAAUAUGGUUAGAUAUAUGUAUGCCGUUUGGUAUGCUUAUUUAUCGAAUCUAUAAAAAAAAAUAUCGUUGUUUCUUUAAAAUCGAUUCAUGUGAAUUGUUAUGACUUUAAUGAAGUAUUAAAACGUAAAAUGUAUCUGGGUAACAGAAAAUAAUCGAUAUUCUUAUGUAGUCUUGAAAGAUUUGUUGUCAAGCCUGCGCAUCACAGCAGCGUUAAGUUUAUUUGUUAUGUAAAUAAAAUUAUUUCUACCUUGAACGGGUUGCAUUUAAAUGAAUAUCGAUUCGAAUGAAUCUGCUUGUGUGUGGGAGGAUGUUGAACUGAAGCGAUCUAUGGCGCUGCGGCGAGCGAUCCAGCGGUGUAGACACGGUUUAGUUUGAACUUUAUUCACUUUGUCAUUCAAGGUCGUCAUUCUGAUACAGAUUUAAUAUAUAAAUAUCUUCAAAUGUCGACGUUUUUGUCGAUAGAAUUCAUUCACUAUUAUUUGCAAUCAUCAUGCUUGACGAAGAUGAUUAUUAUUCAUUGUAAUUAAAAUGUUUACAAAUUCGGUAGUCAGAAACGAUCUUGCGUGACAAUGGGUAUGUAUAAUUGUAUUUGUGAGCGCGUCGAUGUCGGUGUUGUGUGAGUGUCACCACUCACUCGGGGCACCACGCACUAGCUCACCACUUCAUAUUGUAUGCUGGAGUGCUGCGCGGAACUAACCUCGCGAUCAAAAGUAGUGUGCGGGGCUCAUCGACACGUCCGUCCAUCAGAAUGUUGAUGCAGCCCGUCAAUGUUGGAGGAUUUAUUAAAAUCUAUGGUAAGAACAUAUCGCGAUGAUCAAUAUGAAUUUGGACAGCAUUAGUGUCCUAAAUGACCUUUCGCAAUUGGGUGUGGGACUUGUAAUUUACUGUAUAAAAUUAAUUAUACAUGGUCGAUUAAAAACAAUAUUUUGUUUCAUAAAUUUUUUUUAUGGAACGUAAAUUGUGUUUUUAGAUAUUUCGAAUCGGAUAUCGAUUCUGAUAUGAUGUGAUAUCGAUAUGUAAUCAUGCAUAACGAGAGUUCCGCGCUCCACUGAUUUUAGAAUAUUGUCGGCUUGUAAAGUGAUCGAAUUUUACAAUUUAUAAACGUCGGCCUCACUAUAUGCAAGCGUUGCGCUGACGCUUUCACGAUUGGGAGCGUUGCGUGAAGUGUUCAUUGUAUCCCGAUUAUUAAAAUCGAUAAAUAACAUUUUAAACAUAUUUUUAUUUGACUAUAUAGUAAGAAGUAAUUUCAAAUAAACAUUAACUCAUAUCGCCUGUAUGACAUAAAAUUUCGAAGAAAUUAUAUGUUGAUAAAUAGUCGAUUAUAAGUUCAACUCCAAUUGUGUGUAAUGGUUAGAUCAAAUGUUAUAUUUUCCUACACAAGAUGGAUAAAACCUAAAGCUAAAUAAUUACAUAACGAUUUAUUGCAUAUAAUCAUUGAAUUUAUUCAUAAAAAAAAAAUCUAUUUAAAAUUAAUAUUAGCAGAAAAAAUACUAUGUGGAGCUUUCGUUUUGAACAUGACCAAUGUUUUCUCUUAAAGUGUGAUCUCAAUAAUGUGGGACGUGAACAGUUCAUGCGACGCCACGAUGGUAGUAGCUUGGCAUAGAUAAUCAAGUAUUUAUGUAAUGAAACUGUAUGUGACAUUUCUAUAUCUUCGUCGUAUUUCUGUGCAAUAUUAUGACUUCACUGUCCUCGUCAACGUUAGACUAAAUCCGUGACAAACCACAUGAGAAGGUGUGCAUUGCGAACAUCAAAUAAAGAGAUUUUUAAAGUAA